AUGGAUAGAAUUUGAUUGGUUGAGUAAUAGGUAUGAAUUGCUGUAAACUUUCUCAUGAAAACAAAAAAUCUUAUAUAUCACAUGUUUUACCUUUUAAGUUUUAUCUAAAUCCAAAUCGCCAUCUCCGACUAUAUUACAACACAUCAUAACUGUGUGGCAUUGGUUCGUUUAAGGAAAAAUAAAACAAAUGUGGCAGACAUCCUAUGCCCCAAAGUCAAAUUUCGAAGUGACAUUAUAACCAACACAAAGGCUAAAAGACUCAUCUAAACGAGAACUACCAAACCAAGUCCACCCUUAUGUGCGUCACAAGAUGGAGCGGUUUAAGCAACAUCAAACCCCAAUAUAAUGCAACACAAACCCAAACCCCUUUAGUUCAACUCAAUUCACAACCACAUUAUCAGGGUUUUUGGAUUGUCAAUACCAACCUUCUUUUGCGUCCAACCUCCGUUUCCAGGAAGUAUCCUCUUCUUGUUUCUACGUUGAAGUUGUCUCGUGUAUUUCGUGCUGCAGCAAAAUUGCCGAAAAUCCAAACACGCACUAAUUUUCCUCUCAGAGAUGGGUAACCAAUUAGUCUCACUACGCCCCUCAGAAGCCACGGGCAAAAUUAUUACGUGGGAUGGUUCGGUGCACGAAAUUGAGCAAUCUUUGACAGUGGCAGAGCUGAUGCUGGAGCACCCAGAGCAAGUGGUGGUUGAGUUGCAUUCAGCGGUGAAUAAUAAAAGGCCAACGCCAUUGCCAGCGGAUAACAAGUUAGAGACAAAUAAGGUGUAUCUGAUGCUUCCAUUGAAGCGAGGGAAGCCCGUUGGAUUAAGCGGGGAAGAAACUCGACGCAUUUUAUUGAUUCUUAAUUCUGCUCUGCAGCAUUCCAAGUGUCUUGUGGGUUCUUCUUCUUCUUCUUCAAAGUUUGUUCCCUGGCUCACGCGUCUGUGCCAGAACACUACUACAAUUGUGGAACCUCAGAGAAAGAUUAACGAGGAAAUAACGGAGAAGAGUGAUGAAGAGAGCUGCCAGUUGUUUUUGCCGGAAAUGUUGGAAGGGAGGCCUGAAUAUUUGAAUAGGCAGGUUUCAGGGAAAGGGUGGAAGCCUACUCUUGACACCAUUAAGGAGAAGAAUAUUGACAGAAAGCUCACUCACUGGUUAUUCCUCAAGACCUUUUAGUCUUAGCCAUUUUUAACUGUUUUUGGUAUUACUUUUCUAUUAGAGUUUCAUUUCGAUGAUCUAAUGAAAAUUUGCAGUCAAGAUCAGAAUAGAUUAUCGAAAUAAAACUCUGGUUUUAAUUAGAAAGUGAUACCAACGACAUUUAAACAACUGGGUGUAUUUUUGUUUUUACGUAUAGUUGUUAGUUAAUGAAAAUGUUGUGGCUUUAUGUGGGUACAAUAUUGUAAAAACGUAAAAAGAGAGUUCAGGUAUUAGCCUAUUAUUGUAUGUGUUUACAUUUCUGUGACAGGACAAUUAUUUUUAGGAGGUCCUUUCUUCCGGUUUUUUUAGGAGGUCACAAAUAUUUUGCAUGAGAAAGACCAGUGGUAUACUGCAUAGUACUAGCAUACAAUAAUGUUCUAAUCCGAAAGUCUUCAACUAUGCUAGAUUCAAUCUAAAAAGGAACAAACCCAUGAAAGGAAUACUCCAAAAGAGAAUUUUAUUGUGUAUAAUAAUCCUAUCUAUCCAACUUGAAUAAUAUGUUCCUCAGGACUUAGAUUC